UAUCUAGCAGAGAAGGAGGCUGCAUUCUAUGAGAGUCCAAACCCAGUCCAAUACACAGAGUCUCAUCCAGAUAGAGAAAAACUGGUGCUACUUCUGGUCGAUAAUUAAAAGCGGUGAAGCCUGGGAGCGAGGAAGGCAUGGAGAAUCCAAAGAAGCCAUCAUCACUCCAGGUGGAAUUGCCGGCCUGUGAGGCGACGCGCUUCGAGCUUCCGGUCGACUCCGAGCACAAGGCCACCGAGUUCCGGCUCUUCUCCUUCGCCAAGCCGCACAUGCGCGCCUUCCACCUCUCCUGGUUUUCCUUCUUCUGCUGCUUCGUCUCCACCUUCGCUGCCCCGCCCCUCCUCCCGGUCAUCCGCGACAACCUCGGCCUCACCACCACCGAUAUCGGCAACGCCGGCAUCGCCUCCGUCUCGGGCGCGGUCUUCGCCCGCCUCGCCAUGGGCACCGCCUGCGACCUCGUCGGCCCCCGCCUCGCCUCCGCCUCGCUCAUCCUCCUCACCACCCCCGCCGUCUACUCCACCGCCAUCAUCGACUCCGCCUCCUCCUACCUCCUCGUCCGCUUCUUCACCGGCUUCUCCAUCGCCUCCUUCGUCUCCACCCAGUUCUGGAUGAGCUCCAUGUUCUCCCCGCCGAAACUAGGAGUCGCCAACGGCCUCGCCGGAGGUUGGGGCAACCUCGGCGGCGGCGCCACCCAGCUCAUCAUGCCCCUCGUCUACGACCUCAUCCGCCACACCGGUACCACGAGUUUCACCGCAUGGCGCGUCGCAUUCUUCAUCCCGGGGGUCAUGCAGGCCCUGUCGGCGAUCGCCGUCCUCGCUUUAGGCCAGGACAUGCCCGACGGCAACUACCGGAAUCUGGAGAAGGCCGGAAACAAGCCCAAGGACAGCUUCCACAAGGUGUUCUACAAUGGAGUCACCAACUAUAGGGGAUGGAUACUGGCGUUAACGUACGGGUACUGCUUCGGGGUGGAGUUGACGGUGGACAACAUUAUAGCAGAGUAUUUUUAUGAUAGAUUUGGUGUCAAUCUCCAGACAGCUGGGAUCAUUGCGGCGAGCUUUGGGCUGGCGAACAUCGUGUCGAGGCCCGGUGGCGGGUGGUUGUCGGAUCGGAUGUCCGAGAGGUUUGGGAUGAGGGGGAGGUUGUGGAGUUUGUGGGUGGUGCAGAGCCUGGGUGGGGUUCUCUGUAUCCUGUUAGGGAGGAUGGACACCCUCAGCGCGUCCAUUGCCGUCAUGGUGUUCUUCUCAUUCUUUGUUCAGGCUGCUUGUGGGCUCACCUUCGGUGUUGUCCCUUUUGUCUCCAGAAGGUCUUUGGGAUUGAUCUCGGGGAUGGCAGGAGGUGGUGGGAAUGUGGGAGCAGUCAUAACUCAGCUUAUAUUCUUCAGAGGCUCCAAAUACUCGAAGGAAACAGGGAUCACUCUCAUGGGCAUCAUGAUCCUGUGCUGCACCCUACCAAUCAUGCUCAUCUAUUUCCCACAGUGGGGUGGGAUGUUCUGUAGCCCCAAACCAAAUGCCACAGAAGAAGUAUAUUAUGCAGCUGAAUGGAAUGAGAAUGAGAAAGAGAAAGGUUACCACUCAGCAAGCUUAAAGUUUGCAGAGAACAGUGUCAGUGAAAGGGGUAAAAGAGGGGACUCCUCACCUACAGUCCCUGCAGAUGUACCAACACAAACAUGAACAUAAGAAAUUUAUUUAAGAAAGUCAUCAACAGCCGGUUUGAGAAACAUCAACUCACCUGCUGUUUGAUUUCUUAUCCAUGCAAGUUAUUGAUAUGUUUAAACGCCCGAAAAUACUGUCUGAAAUGAAGAUAAUGUCUCGCAGAAGAGCAUGUAAAAGCCUGCAGCAACUGCCACAAUGAUCUUUGCGAGUUCCGGAGCAUCUUUGUAAAUCAGAAGGCUAGGAAAGUUGAGUAUAAUGUUUCUUGUUCUUCUCUUACCAAAAGCUUUGUGAUCUUAAAUACAA